AGAGCAAAAAAAGGAUAUAUAUUCCAUAUUUUAUAUUUUAAUAUUUAUUUUUAAGUUAAUUUAAUUAGAUCGAUGGAUAUUAUGCAACUUUAUGUUUUUGUAAUGACAAUCCUAUCCUUUGAUUAUCAAAUCUUUAUUAACAAUGUUAGGGGUAUAACAUGGAUUAACACAAAGCCUUAUGUAUGGAUCUCUUUUGUUAGCCCAUUGAUAAACAUAUCUCACAUGUUGCUCCUACAUUUUUCUCGUUUCUAAAGUUUCAAGAAAUAAAUUGCAGUUUGACUUUUUUAGUCAAACUGUUUGACUACAAAAGUGAAACUGUAAAUUUUGUGGACAAACUCAAUAACUCGAUUGAUUUGAAUGCAAGUAAAUGAUUAUUUUACCCUUUGACAAUUUCAGAAACCUUGAUAAGGUUACGAUUGUGACCAAAUAAGAGAAUGCAAAAGGACAAUUAGAACUGAAUUUGUAGCGAUUAAACGCAAUCCAUCGAGUUGAAGAACUUAAGUCACUGAUCAGAAUGGGACCAAUUUGGGAUUUUCUUUGGUGUAUCUAACCCUGCAACGUGGGAUUCUUCCCUAGUUUAGUCUUUAUUUUUAAAAUUAACUCGUACUGUCCCUCAAUCUAUUUAACUUUGCGCGUUUCAUCCAUUCGGACAUAAGAAGAAAACUUUAUACUUAAUAAUGUUAUCUUUUUUUUAUUUUUUUUUCGUUUAUUUGUUUAUCGAUUUUAAAUUAAAAGAAAUAAAAUAAACUUCUCCACUUCAUCCAUUGGACCUUCCCCUUCCCUUACCUUGAUUCCUUUCAUUUCCCCAUCUCUCUUCAAGGUAAUCCAAAAGGGCUUUGCCAUUAUUCUCAAAGUUACACCAAUUAGUUAUGAUAUCCGACACUUAUUUCCAACAGUGUCCCACUUGGACAAUUUAUCAACUACUAUUAGUCACAUAGACUUCAAAUAACCAACAAAGCGUGCAUUCUAUAACAACUGCUGAACUCUGAUCUUAUCAAGAAUUGGCCUCCAAUUUAUGACGAUCAAAUCAGACUACUACUCGAACAAAUCAAUUAAAUGCGAGCAAGGCCCAACAACCCAUCGAUUCAAAGGCUUAGGCGGCGGCAAGAGGCGGAGAUGGAUCCAGAUGCGGUAGCGAAGGCGUUUGUUGAGCACUACUACUCCACUUUCGAUACUAAUCGGGCAGGUUUGGCUAACCUGUAUCAGGAAUCCUCGAUGUUGACGUUCGAAGGUCAGAAGAUUCAGGGAUCUCCCAACAUCGUAGCCAAGUUGACAUCACUCCCUUUCCAACAGUGCAAGCACAGUAUCACUACCGUUGACUGUCAGCCCUCUGGCCCCGCCGGCGGCAUGCUCGUCUUCGUCUCCGGUAACCUCCAACUCAGUGGCGAGCAACAUGCUCUUAAGUUCAGCCAGAUGUUCCAUCUAAUGCCCACACCGCAGUCAAGCUUUUACGUCCUGAAUGACGUUUUUCGGUUGAACUAUGCUUGAAGCCACCUUUAUGAGAGGUUAUCUAUGUCCCUUGAUUGAUCAUCACUAGGGGAACAAAUGAAAAUCUGGUUAUUAUGAUUUUAUA